UGUUACAGAUAUUAUCGUCAGCACUCAGUAGUUAAAAUUACCUAAUCUGGUAACGCAACAUUUGCAAGGAAACAACCAACCUCAGAGAGCACGGGAGAAAGACUGACAGCUGAGGGGAGUAGGACGGUCUCUAUCCAAGUCCUUCAACCCCUUCGAUGAACCGCAGACAACGGGACGAACGUAAACGAAGGUCCUGAUUGUAAAUCUAAAUCGCGCAGGCUCUGCUUCAAAAACAUCCCAUAGGCUGCCGUCCGCCAGUUACCGAAAGACUGUUGCGCACGCGCAAGUUGGCUCUUCCUACUUUUGUCGGAAUAAUUAUCAUCAGUUAGACGGAAAACCCUAACUGGAUAACCAGGAGAGGGAACGGCAUUACACGUUUAUGUUUUAUUGUUCUAACGAAGGAUAGUGGUGUAAUCAAAUUAAUAGGGAAAAGGAAGCAAAUCGCGUUCUUUUUGCUCAUAAUCAUAUACACUUGGAUUUAGUGCGUAGGGAAUUGCAGAUUUUUGCUAAACAGUCGGUCUUCCCUACGCUAUCCCACCGUGUCGGAAUUUGAGAAGAGCAGGAAAGCGGGGCUAAUAGUGUGACUGUGGGAGGGACAAAGAGGUCUAGCCUUCCACCCCAGUUUCGAAGCGGGAGCGGAAAAUAAAGGCCGGUAAUGGUGGUGCAUUAUUAACUAAAAAUUGCUAUUGUCUUUCAAAUCUAAGACGCUGGCGUUACAAUUGCAGAACAUAUUUUUUUUUCUGUCUCAUUACUGUUUUUUUCGGAAGUAGUGAUAACAACCACUACAAGACCAACAUUCUGUUUGGAUCCAGCUUGCGUCCCUUUAUUUUUAAAUCUACGACCGCUAAUGUGCAUGUAAAUUGCUGGGCCGGUUUUUUUUUUGUCAGGCUAACAUCUUUGCUUCCUUUUACCUAAACCAAGAAGAGGAUAUCGGCAGCAUCGAGGAGAAAGGAAGGGGAAAUCUGAGAAGGCCUUUAUGCACAGAAGCCUGAUGUUUCAUUACCCAAACUAGGUAACAUUAUCAGGAGUGCUGUUUGCUGAGACUCCCAGGGUGGAAUCAUACUGGCGCAGAGCAGAAGAAUAGGGCUCUGUUCUUUCUGCCCAAUUUUCUGUGCCAGGAGGCUUGCAAAAGCAGAGCUGGGUCUCGGAGGGACCAACGACAGAAAGGGGAAGCUUGGAAGAUACAGGGAGAGGUGUGAUCCCCUGUUAUAGUAGGAGAAACCUCUCAAAUCUGUGCUGGAGAGACUGGCCUUUAUGACGGGAUCCAGCCCUUUAAAUGGAGAAGGAAGUGAGAAGAAAGAAACAUCUGAAAGUAUUGGUAGAGUUCGAGGAGUUGGAAUGAAGAACUGGUGCGACUCUCAGGAAGUGUGAACCUAUAGCUUGGACGCUUGCUUUGAUAGCCCAGAGAAUUGACAGAAAAUGCAAAACAGUGAAGUAAUAAAGCCUGCCAAAUACUUUUCUGAAGUAGAGAAGAGUGUGCUGCUGGCAUUAGUUGAGAAAUAUAAGUAUGUACUUGAGUGUAAAAAGAGUGAUGCAAGGACUAUUGCAUUGAAACAACGGACCUGGCAGGCCCUUGCCCAUGAAUAUAAUUCCCAACCAAAUGUAUCACUCCGAGAUUUCAAGCAGUUGAAAAAAUGUUGGGAGAACAUCAAGGCUCGGACAAAGAAAAUAAUGGCACAUGAAAGAAGAGAUAAGGUAAAAAGAUGCAUUAGUCCACUUAUAAGUAAUCACAUCCUAGGAAAAGAGAAGAUCACCAACAUGAUACCAGACCAAGUAUAUUUUUUACAAACUCCACCAGAAGAAGAUUCUGAGUAUCAGCCUGAAACUUCCAAUCAAGAAUCUUUCAGUGUUAUUAACAAAGAAUCAUGUGAUGAAGAAAAAGGACUUGUACAUUUCCAGGUAUGUGAAGGUACCUCACAGUCUGAGCCUUCCUGUUCAGCAGUCAGAGUAACUGGAAAUAAAAACUUCAGAAAUAAAGCUGCUCAAGAAAGUGAUUUGAAAAAAAUGCAUGAAGAGGAACACCAUCAGCAAAUGUCUAUUUUACAACUGCAGCUGAUCCAAAUGAAUGAAGUGCAUGUGGCAAAAAUUCAACAGAUAGAAAGGGAAUGUGAAAUGGCUGAAGAAGAACACAGAAUCAAGAUGGAAGUGUUAAACAAAAAAAAAAUGUACUGGGAAAGAAAAUUGCAGACUGUUACAAAAGAAUGGACUGUAUCAUCUUUUAACAAGCCAUUCCCUAAUUCACCCUAGCACAUGCGGCAGCUGGUGGUUCAUUAGGCUGAAGUAACUUGAUCAUUGGAAAAUAGUUUGAGAAUUAGGUUCAAUUCCUGUAUUUAGAAUGACAGUGUAAUUGUUGGCUAUGAACAAAUGUCAAUAAAUACCUAAAGUAGGGUUUAGGUAGGUUUUCAUUUCAUAAAACAACAAAGAAAUCUCCACAUUUUUGGAGGCAAAAUGAUGAUGUAACUUUUUAAUGGAAUUUCCAAGUAUGCCCAAUAAACUCACUCUUUUCCAUGGUAGCCAGCUCAAUCCUAUUGGGCAUUUUAUGUUAUUUUAUUUUUGUAGCUGAAUUUUUCAAUUAAUUAUUUGAUGAAUGUAUCUUAAGGUACAGUUGCUAAGACUUGAAGAGUGACUCAGUUGAAUUAUGAAGUAAGGUGAAAAGGGUGAUAAUAUAGCAACUGCUAUACAAAAAAAGGAAUUCAGAUUUCCAACAGCUGUCUGAUUGAAAGUCUGUCUGUUCAGUCAUAGUUAUAAUUGUGGAAUACUAGAAAUGUGUGUUCCCCGCUUUCUGUCUUCAGUUCUAUUGCCUUUGAUUUGCACUGCAUGGCACAAUCAGCCCACUAGCUGGUAAAACUCACAAUGGCAUCUGGCCUGCAGUAAAAAGAAACAGCCCACUUCUAUUUGCAGCCUCGUCCUAUGAAUGUUUUAUCCAAAGUAAAUGCAUAUAGAGUUUGCAAUUUAUUAAUUUUAUGCAAGUACUGCUUGUGAAUGUUUGUGGCUUCCUCCUACUAUGUACACACACAUUACUGGAUACAUGUUUAGAGGCACACAAUGUUUGAAGCAACCCUUAUAGAGCUUUUUACCUUUGAACCAAUUAAAGAGAGUUUAAGGAAACAAAUAUAAUAUGAAAUAGAAAGAAAACUAUUCUAUCUUUAAAAUAGCUAGUAGCCUGGAAUGUCCACAAUUCAUAUGUGGCAUUAUUAUUUCAGACUAAUCAGCAGAGAUGAUAGGGACUAGACUUUUUUCAGAGUAGGAAUUAUGUUGUGUUCAUUGGGUUUCCAACAAUUCUGACGUGUUUUCCUUUUGGAGAUUUCUAGAAACAUUUUUUUCACUCCAUGCAUUUUUGCUGGUCACUGACUUGAAGCUUAUUAAGAACAUUACCAAAUCUUUUAAAUAUCUGAAUAAAUAGGCAAAAUGUUAUUAUUCAUAGAAAGCUACCAGUAAAACAAAAGGGAGGCAUAGCUCGUUACUGAAGGAACAACCUCAUAGCUAUACAACCACCCUAACAUAUUUUUUUUAAUUACUUAUUAGGUUCUCCUUUUGGGUAGUUCUAAAUUAACAAAAGGACACUGUUUUCUUACACAGGUUUACAGGAGAGGUUGUAAUGAAUGUUGUAAACAAUCUGAAUCCAGAAUUUAAACAUUUGCUUGUUGACUAGCUUGUGUGUUGAAUUUAAUUAAAGCAGUGGAGUCUCAUCCUUUGUAGAACAAAAUGUGUAAAACCAAAACAAUUUAUUUUUUGUAUUUUUUGGUUUUGGCUUAGACUAAGAGGCAAAAACUGUUGGAGUUUUUAAAACAACUAACUUCAUUUUAAUAUAAAUCUAUUAUUUAAAAAAAUCAGUGAAAACUAUAGUUCAAAUUUUGCACUAAGUAAAUUAAAUUUUGUUACUGGUAUGAAUAUACUAUAUAUUUCCAUAGCAUACAUUUAUUUUUUUCUAAUUGUUGGACAUUAGUCAACUGAUAGCAGAAAAUUCUGGAUAAGAGAUUUCACUGCAUUUAACAUGUCACAUACAUUGAAGUUAUAUUUACAGCUUCAGUGACUAUUGUAUUAUGUUUUAGAUAUCAUAUUUGUUACUUUUCUUGGAGUAUACAACAUACUAAGACCUGAUUAUUUUUUCUCUGGUAUUAUAAAGAAAUUAAUUUUUAGAUAUUCUAAGUUUACAUUUACCUAGAAAAAAAGCAAACUAAAAGUUAAUGAAAUCAUAAUUUUACACAACAAAUUAGUGUCAUUUAAUUAUUUAUGUAUUUCCAAAUAAUUGUGUGAUUUUUCCAGUCAGCUUAGCAUUUUUCAAUGGCUAACUUGAAUAAAACAUUAAUCAUGUCUUUGAAUUUUAGUUUGUUCCAAACUUGUGUUUGUUUAUUUUUAAUAGUUGAAUAUUGGGAAAAAGUCUUUUCCAAGCUAUCUAUAUACUGUUCUUAUUGAAUGGGAUUAUGAUCUGUUUUUUUUUUUAUUUACUAUUUUUAAAUAAACCAAACUAAAUAAAAAUAAGGGAAUUAUUUUUUAAAACCAAAUAAAUGGGAAAAAACCCAAAGAAUCAUCUAUAUUAAGACAUGGCUGAAAAUGAAAGAGAAAGUAAGGCAUGCAAUUAUUUAAUUCUAUCAUAUCUGGAACUAAUAUUAUUAUAAAGACAAAAUCCAAAGAGAUUCCAUUAAGCACACUCAGGGGGAUGAGCAAAUUGGGAUUUUUCAAAGGUUAUGUCAACCACUGUUUAAUACAAAAAAUGAAAUGUAAUUUUUAAUUUUGAGUGAGUCUUGUUGAAGUUAACAUUUUUUGUGAUUCCAUUGGAAAUAUGCUAAAUAUCUUAGCAUAAUGGCUAAAUAUCUGGCUCAAUUUGUUCUAUCCAAUUUCAUUCAUGAAGGUAAAGUUGUAUGGAUAUUUCUUUAAUAACUGUAUGUUUAACAGUUUUUAAACUUCUAAGAGAUCUCUUUGCACUACUGAUAUUUAAUCUGUAUAGAUGUUCUGAUUCAUAGUUUCAGUUCAAGCCAUUAUAGAUGAAUUGCAUCUCAAACUGCACAAGUUGUGAACCACCAAGCUAAAUUCAGUGACUAGCACUCUUGCAGUAUGUUUGGCUUAAUGGGUCACCAGUUGUUCAGAUCUUUGUUCAUUUUAUAUUCAAUUUCUAGUGAAUGUUCCAUAAUAGUAUUAUUCUCAUUAUUCUAUGUCUUGAUUUCUGUCACAAACUAUCAAAGUUUAUAAAUGUCAAAUAUUAGCAUGGGCAAAGAGAACCUUGAAGUAGCAAUAUCAUGAAGAUAAGACAUAAAUAACAAUUUGUUGAGUAUCUAUUUCUGCUACCAUAUACUCCAAGUUCUAGUUGUGUAAGUUUAUGGCUGGUGGCGCAUACCAUGCUAGUUUAAAAUGUGGUUUGUUCAGUUGGCGUAGCCAGUGUUUUAUACAUCAGAAUUUAUGGUUUAGCAUUCUGUAUGAUAUAACAUUUAACCAAGACAUUUGUGUAGCUUCAAUAUUGGUGCAAAUAGGACAGCUCCAUCAUUUAUUUCCUGGGUACUGAAAAAAACUAACUGGCUUGGAUCAAAUCCUUCUAAAUUUAGUCAUUUUGUUCCAAAUUUGAUAAUGAGUUGACACUACCAAUCAAUCUGUCUACUUCAUUCAAAUAAUUCUCACUUGCAUUGGAUCUAUCCAUUGAACAAAUGCAUAUUACAGAGCCUUUUUUGAAAUCUCUUCAAAUUGUAAGAAACCAUCUCAAAUAUCCUCAUACGUACCGGUAUCUCUUCAAAUUAGUACCAAAGCUGUUUCUGCUUUUUACAGAAUUAUUUUGAAACUUAUAUAAUUGAAAAUAUGGAAAAUUGCUAUUAUGUCCAAAUAUUAAUUGUUGCCCUAUUUGGUCUCUAGAACCAGAACCUUAUGCUUUAUAUAUAAAUAUUUAAAGAAUAAGAGGAACCUUGUUAUGUAUCUAGGUUUCAUGAUAACAUUUUUUUUGAUGAAGGAUUUGUUCAGUAAUAUUUAUUUUUUCAUCAAAAGAGACUCCAAAAAAAUCCAUAAUGAAAAUUAAUAGUAGGUGUACAUUUUAGUGCCUUGUCUAUUGUAUAAUGUGUAAUCAAAUGAUGGAUUUCUUAUUAAAAAUGUAUCUAAAUAUUGCUGUAGAAAAAUUCCAUAUGCCUAUAGUUGCUCCCAAUAAAUCAUGAUGUAUUAAUUAA